GGGNAUCAGGUAACGAUAACUAAACACCUCGGCAAAAUGGAUGUAGAAAUUUUCACCUUCGAUUGAGAGACACCAUUCCGUUAGGUCAGUGCAGUAUUUAAACUGAAAGCUAAGUUUUUAAAUCUCUUUCCCUUUCUGAAAUAUGCGCUUGGCUUGAGUGGCUUUUUUUAGCGAGAACUUCGUGGGAGUUAAUUAAGGCACAUGCAGUCGGCCCACCCUCCCGGCCCGGGCAGGCCCACCCACCGGCCUAGCUUUAAAUUAAAGUUAACCGCGAGAAAACUGCAGGGCGGAAUGCCAACCGCAAGCAAAUAGCAGUAAAUACAUGUUAACCGCAAGCAAACUGCAGGGCGAUUGCCGCUUUUUUGCCCAAACCACGUGAUACAAAAUGGAUCGUCCAAAAACGCUGUUGGUUUUUCAUGAGAAUAUUAUGGAAUCUCAUGUAAUUUUUAUAGACGUGGUCUAAACUUGACAGCGUUUCUGAAGUGUAACUAUCAGUGAUACCAGUGAAAACUGGAGACAAACAUAGCAAGUAUUCAGAACGGAAAUUAAGUACGUUCGAUGAAUAGAACCGUUAGUUGCAGUCACGCAAUGAUUUCUACGCGUGACGUUCAAAAUGGCGUGACCAGUCAUGUACCCUGUGGUAGAGUUAGUCACUGAAGUGUCCUUGGUAAUGCCUGACGGUUUUUGGCCACGACGACUCUCUACAGAAGAAUGCUGGACAAUUUGGAGUUUCAAAGCUGAACAAUAUCAUCCGUAAUGUCUUUAUCUCCUUUUUCUCGUAGCCCUUUGCUCGUGCUUUCAAUACUGAUCAUUGCUGUGUUCGGUUUUCGUGCUUUUUUAAGCGUUCCUUUUCGCCGAGGUUCAAGCGCCGAGAAGCUUCAAUCUAGGUCAGAAAUCAGCAUGCUUACAUUUAACAUCUGGUUUGCCGCUGAAAAGAUGCAAGAGAGAAUGGCCGCCUUGGGAAAAAUCGUGGAAAAUCUCAAGCCAGAUUUGUUGACAUUUCAAGAAGUCACUCGCGAUAAUCUCGCACUUUUACGGCAACAGAAAUGGUUUGCUAGAUAUUAUUUGACUCCACCUGGCAUCACCAGAGAAGGGAGAUAUUUUGACAUCAUUUUAACCGUAUUUCCGGUGGAUAAAUGGCAUGUUUACCAGUUCAAGAACUCUCCACUUAAUCGUAAACUGAUAACCGCAGAAAUCAAGGGGCCUGUAUCGUCCUCGAAGAGUCCAAGAUUUGUGAUUGCAACAACACACUUGGAGCAUUCGGGAACCUAUGCUCAAUUGCGUGAAGAACAUUUAAGAGAGUCCUUGAAAAUGCUGUCUACUUAUGACAAUGUUUGUGUGAUGGGUGAUAUGAAUAUUGAAGGUCAAUUUGAUGGCGAUGUUAUUCUUCCCUGGCAAUGGGUCGAUGCCUGGCUCACACUUCCAGGAAAUACGAAUAGCAAUGGCUAUACCUGGGACCAGAGCAAGAAUCCUUUCAUUAGGAAGCAUGGAGUCGAAACAUCUUUGAAGGAUCGCUUUGAUCGUGUUUUUUGCAAACUGAGAGACUUUAAAGUGAAAGAAAUGAAAAUUGUGGGCAGUAAUCACACAGUAAAAACUAGUGUAUUACCCAGUGAUCAUUUUGGCCUAUUUACAGUUGUUGAAAUAUCAGCAAAAACUGCAGAGAAACAUAAAAAGCACUCACAAACUGUAAGUGAGGUUUAUUUCAAGAGGCCACCGAGUUGGGAAAAGCUAAUUAAGCAGUAGUUUACAGAGUAUGUUGGAUCCAGUAUCAUACAUAACCUAGUGUGUCUUCCAAUAUUUAUUUUUUCAUAAGAUGGCCGGGGAUGACUGUGUGACAAGUCAGUGUCGGCACAAACCAAGGGAGUAAACUUAGGCUCAAUUAUCAGCUGCUGUUUGGGAAGGAGUUAAGCUCAGUUCGGAUUUAAGAGAGUGGCAGAAAUCAAGCCCAGGGUAAAAUGUGACGGAUUAGCAGAAGUAUCAAUGCUCUUGGUUUGUUCAUGUUACAGAUUAACAAGGAUAACCACUGAUGCUAUAGAUCAGUUUAACCUAAACACAGACUUUAAUACAUGACCUUUGUUGGGUAACUAUGUUACACAGGCAAUUCCUGGAUAUUUUUGUUGUUUUUUUUUUUUUNUGGGGGGGGGGGGUGCUGGUUUGCAGUUCAUUUAGCUUCAAAACUCUUGCCUUACUUCAUACCUUCAAUUAACCACAGCUCAUCAAUUAUCCUUUCAGGCCAAAACUUGUGUUUUUAUGGCUGGGUUUUUAUCUUUUCCAGUAAGUUUCUCUCGUUUAAAUAUACCCAGAGAGAAUAGGAAGUACAAAUUCAUAGUUCUCGUAAAAGUCAUACCUAUUAAUGCCUAUCAAGUCAAAAGACAAGUGAUAUCCAAAACAUUUCAGGUUAGUUUGCAGCCUGCAUGCCGUAUGUUGUGAAACAACAGGCAAAUCUAGCUUACGGUGACUUACAUAUGUUAUUAAUGCUUGAAAUAUGUAUUUGGCAUACUUGCUGUAUGUCAGACCAAAGAGAUUUUGCCACAGAGGAACUAGAAUCUUCAGUCUGGGGAAGACUAAAAACAUCUCAAAAUCCAUAGCCUCUAGGGUAACACACUAUUUAACCUAUAUAUAUAUAUAUAUAUGUUACAUGUAAGGUUUCAAUGUGCUUGCAAAAUUAGAUAUUUAUACACAAUGGAGCUCUCAUGAAAAUAACUUAUUAAGAUGAUUUUCGCAGAACAUUUGAGUAAUAAUGGCAAAAAUAAAGUUACAAAAAAACCUCAUGGCA